UAACCUCAGUGCUACAAACUAACACAAACAUCACGUUUUUAUUGCAUCAUAUCCCACUUGCAUUCCUCAAAAACAGAGGUAUCACUCUAUAAAAACAAGAACAAGAACAUCAUCAUUCAUCAAUCUCUUCAUUCAAACAUCAUCAAUCUCUUCAAACCUUUGAUGGCAACCCGUGUGAUCCCACCAAGAAUCCUCAAGAAACUGCGUUACAACACCGCCACCAAACCGCUCACUUCCCCUCACCCAUCUUCCCUCAACCCCGCCGCCGCCGCGGUCGUCCCUCCGUCGGUCCUCGACAAAUCGCCGUCCUCCGUGGCCUCUCCCUCUCCGCCGCCGUCGCUCCUGGACCUGGACGACGCGGAGAGGCUGUUCUCUGCCGUGCCGACGGCGAAGCUCCUGAAGACGUCCGCUGUGCUGCAUGCCACCGCGGUGGGGCCCAUGGUUGACCUGGGAAUGUGGGCCAUGAAGUCGAAGCUCCUCCAGAAGGGGGUGCUGAAGGACGCCGUGAUGGCCGCCACACGGAGGACGUUCUAUGAUCACUUCUGCGCCGGCGAGGACGCCGCCGCCGCCGGUCAGAGCAUACGGUCGCUGAAUGAGUCAGGCUUACGUGGCAUGCUGGUGUACGGCGUGGAAGAUGCGCAUGACAACGAUGGGUGUGACCGUAACGCUAACGGCUUCCUUCACACCGUUGAUGUCAGCAGAUCACUCCCUCCGUCUUCUGUGAGCUUUGUGAUUGUGAAAAUCACUGCAAUAUGCCCCAUGGCACUGCUAGAAAGAAUGAGUGACCUGCUCAGGUGGCAGCAGAAGGACCCUUCAUUCAUUUUGCCAUGGAAGCAAGAUUGUCUUCCAAUUUUCUCAGAAUCAAGUCCUCUAUACCACACACCGAAAAGACCUGAGCCUCUAACAGCUGAAGAAGAGAGCGACCUUCAACUUGCCAACCAGAGACUGCAAGAGCUUUGCCAAAAAUGUGUGCAGGGCAACAUGCCUUUGCUGGUUGAUGCUGAACAAACUUGGGUUCAGCCUGCUAUUGAUUACUUCACAUACUCUGCUGCCAUCAUGCACAACAAAGGUGACAACCCCAUUGUGUUUGGAACCAUUCAGACUUACUUGAAAGAUGCCAAGGAGAGGUUGUUGCUGGUAACAAAGGCAGCAGACAAAAUGGGAGUUCCAAUGGGGUUCAAAUUGGUUAGAGGUGCUUACAUGUCCUCAGAAAGCAAAUUGGCUGAGUCAUUGGGAUAUGCAUCCCCAAUUCACAAGACCAUUAAGGACACACACAAUUGCUUCAAUGGCUGCUCUUCAUUUCUGCUUGAGAAGAUUGCCAAUGGACCUGGUUCAGUGGUUCUUGCAACCCACAAUAUUGAAUCAGGGAAAUUGGCUGCUGCAAAAGCAUAUGAAUUGGGGAUUGGGAAGGUGAAUCAUAAGAUGGAAUUUGCACAGCUGUAUGGAAUGUCAGAUGCACUUUCCUUUGGGUUGAGCAGUGCAGGGUUUCAGGUUAGCAAGUAUAUGCCAUUUGGACCAGUGGAGAUGGUCAUGCCUUACCUCCUGAGAAGGGCUGAAGAGAACAGAGGAAUCUUAGCUGCUUCAGGUUUUGAUAGGCAACUCAUAAGAAAGGAAUUGGGAAGGAGACUAAAAGCUGCUGUGUUUUGAAGGCCGGCAGCAGUACUGGUUAACCUUUUUGUACAAAUUAGAGAGUUCUAUGAUGUAAUGGAAUUGUGCAAUUAUGCAUUCGGUGAAAUGAAAUAAAUUUUUUAGUAUUGGUA